CUCUAUUAUUUGACUUUUUUAUUAUCCUUAUUGAUGCUUUAAUUCCAGUUUAACCCAUUUUGUUCUACAUUUAGCACACAGAUGAAAUGCACUUAAAACCUCUGCAUCCACAAAACCAACUUGUUUAUAGAGUGGGACAAUACAGUGAAUUACUGGCUUAUAGUUCUGAUAAAUGUUUAUUUUAUUCUUGGCAAAGGAAUUCUGUAAAGAUGAAGUUGUGUAUUUCUUGCUUGCUAUACUUAACCUCUUUCAUUUUUAACUCAAAGUCAUAAAAUGUUGCUGAACUUUGUUACAGCAUAAUAGUUAAAAUGCUUUUAAGUCUGUGGCCAUUGACUAGAGUGGUUUUAACUUGACAGACAGAAAUCUAAUUUGGAAUAAUAACUGUGCUGCCCAAAGUCGCAAACUUGGGUUGUGUUUCUUUUUCUUUAAUCAUCUGUGUAUGAGAGUAUGCAUGAAUAUUAGUGAAACCUUGGACAAAAAUAAAUUAAGUGCUUGUUGCUUGUAGUGGAGGAGUAAUUAAAAUUGUUUAAAAUGUUUAAUAUAACUGCCUGUGAAAUCUGCAGGGCUGGCCACACUGGAGAUGUAAGACCUCCUUUUUAUCCACAGAACAGGUAUUGCAGGCUUUGCCUCUCUCAGAGGUCUCAACCAGUAUCUGAAAAGAUUGCAUUUAGGGGUGUGACUCGCGAGCUGGGACAGCUUAUGUUGAGGUGUCUCAGGCGGUUAUGCUGCCUCCAGAGCUGGCACGUCCUGGAACCAUUGCAGUUUCUGUUUCAGCCAUCUGCAGCAAGCCGAGCAGAGUUGAGCUUAUUCUGAAAUACGAGGCUGGAGUUACCUAUACGGACAGGUGAGGAGGGUGAGCCUGCAUGGGGCAGCAAAACCCAGAAGCAUCUGUCCAUGAGCCAUAUAGUCCUUAGUCCUUCUGCCUAUCUGCUGGUUCAGAAUGAGCCAAAGCCAUUGAGUUGUAGCUCUUCAAAGAUUCCAUCAGUCUACCACUGUGAGUCACAGAAGCCAAUCACGAUACCAGUUUUCUCUCACAGAUAUUCAUGUGCAGGAGAUAAUUUAACAAGGGUGAGCUCUAACACAGCAUAACACGUAUCUAAAUCACAGUAGCUACACAGUAUGUAGUUUAUGUGUGUGCUAAAUUAUCCACACACAAGAAACCUCGUUUAAACGAAAUGAAGGAGAGAGCUACUCAGUCGUUCAGUGAGGUACUUGGUUUUGACGUUUGCAAUUUCGAGACAUUUUAUGUCUUCUCUGUGUGAAACCUUUGAGGGUUUUGUUUCUAGGGUGUCUUCAUUAUGUCAUAGUUCCAUAGGUGUUUUGUAAAUCAGGUGCACGAGAAGCACUUACUGUAGGUUAUUCCAGACAAAAUUUGAAAUGCGUGGUUGACUGUCACUCAGAAAGCUGAGCUUGACAGUCCAUCAGGAUCUGGGUACUUCCUUCAAGUCUUCUGCUCGUAAGCCCAUUUGUGAUGCAGAUAGUUGUCCAGUGACCUGGAAUGAGACUGUUUGAUAGAAACGAAUAGGCAGCCUUCAGAUAGCAGCAUCUUUUCAUUACUAAAAUGAGCAAAAUAAUGGCAGUGACAUGAAAGGCUUGCAUCACGUCACCAAUUCUCUUGAACUAUUUGAUUCUGUAUGCAAAAAAAGCACAGUAAUUCAUGUUGGAUUUGUGUGUAUAUGCAAGCAUACGUGAAGGAAACUGCGUGAGAACGCACAGAAAAGCAUGUAGGAGCUGUACCAGAAGACACAGAACUGUCUUUGUGAGUAGAGUGCUCAUAACUGAUCACAGAAAGUAGUUUCUGACAUACAUGGAACUAGAAGGAGUGGGAGAUUCCUCGACCAUCAACAUGCACAGAGAACCACUUCCACUCGUUGAAGAGCCCAGAGCCCAGCGGACAAGCUGCGUACACCACAGCAGCAUUUAUUAACAUUCUGACUCUUCCGUCUGAGGGAAUCAACAAAAAGGCACUUUCUUCUUGACAUAAAGACUUCACUGUGUCUGCUGGAGAAAUACUUUUAAUUGCUGCAUUGACAAUUCAGAUCUACCACUGAGAUCAACAAAAAAGCAAUGAUAAAGUUUUUUCUUAUGGUGAACAAACAAGGCCAAACGAGGCUCUCUAGGUAUUAUGAGCAUGUAGACAUUCAUAAAAGGACAAUGCUGGAAGCUGAAGUAAUCAAAAACUGUCUCUCCCGUUCAAAGGAUCAAUGCUCUUUCAUUGAGUAUAAGGACUUUAAGCUGGUAUACCGGCAGUAUGCAGCCCUCUUCGUUGUCGUUGGAAUCAAUGAGACAGAGAAUGAAAUGGCAGUAUAUGAACUAAUUCAUAAUUUUGUGGAGGUUUUGGACAAAUACUUCAGCAGAGUGAGUGAAUUAGAUAUCAUGUUCAAUUUGGAUAGAGUGCACAUCAUUUUGGAUGAAAUGGUGCUAAAUGGCUGCAUCGUGGAAACAAACCGAAACAGAAUCCUUGCCCCUUUGUUUGUGCUCGACAAAGUGGCAGAGAGCUAGGAAGACGCCAGACUGACUAAAGCAUUUAAAGAAAGAUGGUGAAAUCAUCAAGAGAAUACCAACACGUCAUUUUCUGAUUUUGUAAGAGCAACUCAUGCACUGUUCACAUUAGUUGGAAGAUAUUUCCUGCUUCUCCUGUGCCCUACAAACCUAAUGGGAAAACAGCUACUGUAAAACAGAGCCUUCAUUUUCAGAUGCAGCUUUCUAUGGGCACAGCAGAAGCCCUUUUAGAACAGAAAUAUGUUUCUCAGCAUUUUGUUUUAAAUGGAAACUUACAUGUGACUGUCUAGGUAUCCCUUUGAAUCAUCUAUCCUUCUAGCUGACCUAGAAGACAGAAGAUAUGGAAAUAUAAUUUCAAACAGUUUCAAUGCCUCCUUUAAGCAGCAACACUGUAUUUUUUUUUUUCAUACAAACAUAUUGUAAAUUAAAGUUCUGUAACUUCUAUGAUUAGGUUCAACCUUCAUCAAAAAGCUGGUCUCCUCUUCCACGGAGACACUCUUCUUCUGGAUACAAAAAAAAUGUAAAUAACAGAAGUAGAGACGUUUUUAAGAUUCCUGCAUACCAUGUAAGUUGUAACUAGAAGUUAUACUUAAAUAAUAUUAAUAAAAUAAUUUAAAUCCAA